AAAGCAUUGUAAUUGCCACUCGAUGACUUCAUUUCUUGUACAGUCUCAGUUCGUUAUGUGUUAGCUGGUAGCCCACAAAUGUAUUAUUUAGCAACGUUAUCUUUACUAGUUAUCAAAGUUGCAUUUCCAGAGUCUGAUGUCGUAUUACCAGAAUUUAAAGAUAACAGUUUGUCAUUAAUUCUGAUGGUUAACAAACUGGAGCCGAGGGAAGGAGAGAGUGUGGAAUUCAAAUGCGCGAUACUCGCAGCAUUCAGCCAAAGUCACCAGAAGAUGACGACUACGUUCUGGUUAAGCAAGGAUGGAAUUGUACUCCAGUCCAAGACAGAACAUAGGGGAGCCACACCCGUAUUUGCCAUCGAGUUUAUUCAGAAAGCAGAUUCCGGUUUUUAUACGUGCAUUUACAAUACGUCAAACGAUAACAAAGGAGAGAGACGCGUCGAAAGUGAACGUGUAAAACUGACAGUAAAAGAUUCUGAGUAUUCCAUAAGUCUGAAUCUGGACACUCCGAUUGCACCAUUAUUGGCAAAAGUGGAAUUUAAAUGCAUGCUACGUAAUUAUAAACAGGAGCUGGAAAAACAGAAGAACCUGAACUUCUAUCUUUUCCAGAACACUAUUGCAGUUGAUUCACGGCCAUUUUCUUCAAGUCUCCCAGCAGUCUCAUUUCCUUUGUUAAACUUGAGCCUUAGCCACACUGGAAGCUACAUUUGUGGACUUGGAGUAAACAAAAGUUUUCUUACCAUCCUGAAACGCAGUGCUGCAGUUCAACUUCUUGUGAAUGUUUCACAGGUUUCUCCCAGCCCAGCUUCACCUGAAGAUACAAAUGAAAAAUAUGAUUCUCCACAGAAACUAGUCAUUUUCCUAGCAGCAGGAGCUGGAGCUGCAAUUGUUUUACUUAUACUAUUAAGUUUGGCUCUCCUGAGGCAUUUUCAUCCUAAAAAAGGUUCUAAAAUGAAUGCAGAACAUGUAUAUGAAAGCAUGGUGGACAUUAGACAAGAAACACCUUCAUUUGAAAGCUAAAUCAAGGAUAAUAUUUCUCUACUCCACCAAAUGAUUUUGUCUACUCAAGCUGAAAGUGGUCACUGACAAUUUUUUCAACUGUUUUAAGUCUUCUUGGAAUUAUUCCUGCGUAAGACUAAAUGCCUUCCUCAAACCAACUGACAGAGCGUGACAAUGAAGUGAAGAAUGAUCAUCACAGAUUGACACUAGUAUGGAACAACUUCAAUCAAGAUUUUGGUGUUUUUUGUGAUAUUAAAAUCUAAAUUAUUCACACAUGUUUCUUAUUA